AUGGCUGGUUCUGGAGGUGCGCCCCCUCCCGAAAAGCGGCCGCCUCCGCCCAGCGGGGCUAAUCGGGCUAAUGGGGCGCCGCCGCCGGGCCAAGGCAGUGGCCGGGGCGCGCUGCCGGUGCCGGCAUCGGGUGCUGGACGUGGCGGCGUAGCGCUUCCCAAGGCCGCUGCGGGACGCGGGUCGGGUGGCCCUGGUGCGACGCACUUUGCUGGCGGGGCGCCCGUUCGGAGGCCGCCGGCACCGGCCUUGCCGUCGGGCGGGCGAGGCGGGCCGGGCUCCGGUCCUCGGCCGGUGGCUUCCGGCGGUGCUGCGGUGGCCGCUGCGGGCCGGGGCGCUGCGCCACCAAGGCCACCUGUGUCUUCGGGUCCGCUGCCUAGACCGGCCCCUCCACCCCACGUCGUUGCUCGCCCAUCUCCGCCGUCGCAGUCCAACGUCGGUGGUACUGUGGCUGCGCCCCGGGGUCAAUGGGAGGAUGACGGCUACGAUGCCUAUGGGGAUGGCCAGCACCGUGGUUCUUCGUCCACGGGUGGAGGUCGUGGUUAUGCAUGGCAAAGCGAUGGUUCGGCUGAGAGGCCGUUCUUGGGUCCUUCCGGUGGCUUCGUUGAGGGGCCUUCUGAUCCGGGUAAUCGGCAGCGGGGAGGUUUCCGUGGCCAUCGUGGUGGUCGGGGCGGUCGAGGGGGCCCGUACCGUCCACGACCACCGCCCCCACCUGUUGUUGUCGAGCAGAUGACAGAUAACGGGGCUGCCAAGGAGCCAGUGCUGACCGGUCACGCUAUGGAGGUGGUGACGGCUCUUGCUACUAUUCAGGUUCCUGAGAACGAGGUUAUGGCUGAUGUGUCUGUGGACAUGACGGAUAGGGCUGAGUCUGAUAGGGCGUCCAAAUGGGCGCGCAAGAAGGAAAAGAUGCUUUGUUAUCGAUGUGGCGACAAGGGCCACUUCAUUGCAGAGUGUGUGGCUCUGCUUUGUGAUACCUGCGGUAAGCCGGCACACGACUCUGGGGACUGUCCGAUUCUGUGA